CAUGCCAUUAUUCCAGGAAGGCAGGCCCAUGCCCACAGAUCYGCUGGGUUGGUUAACUGCUCUGUGCACACACAAAGGGGAGCUAAUCAGCUUUUUUUUCCAAGCAUGUGUUCAUAUGUCAACACUUAUGCUGCUGUCAGAAGCUUAAAAAUGGAAACAGUUUUCUCUUUAAGAAAACAGGACCCAAAUAAGGAGAUGGAGUGGUGAAGAUUCCUCUAGUGAGCCUGUUCCAGCUCAUUCCUUAGAAAGGCUGUGGAUGGAACACCGGAGAAGAGGCCAAUAGAUCUGGGUUUUGUCCAGGGGGCUCUGGGUUUAAAGCUCCCUACAACCACUUGUAGCUCAUUUUUCCCUGCGACUUGCCUGGGUACAACUUCUUUCUUGGUCCCAAGCUGCGCAAAAUCUAAAAUUUUACUCGGCAGAUUCUUUCAGUUGGGUGAUAGAGCCAACCUAUCCUUGAGCAAAAAUGGAAGCUAUCAAGAAAAAGAUGCAGAUGUUGAAGUUAGACAAGGAGAAUGCCAUCGACAGAGCAGAGCAGGCUGAGACRGAUAAGAAGGCAGCUGAGGACAAAUGCAAGCAGGUAGARGAUGAGCUGGUAGCUCUGCAGAAGAAGUUGAAAGGAACUGAAGAUGAACUGGACAAGUACUCAGAGGCUCUCAAAGACGCCCAGGAGAAACUGGAGCAGGCUGAGAAGAAAGCCACUGAUGUACGUAUGCACAGCUAACACUCGUCUCUAGCACUACACUGGUUAUAUGCACUUUGCCGGGGGAUGGAAAGGCAGAGUUGCGGUGCAGGAUUUUCAUUUCCUCUUGCCUCUGCUAAGGGAG